AUGCAUUUCAAAAACCGCGCGGCGGGAGCACAUGCAACUGUUGGGAUAUACGAGUGUUUCGCACAUACUCGUCAACAUCGGGCGACACUGAUUGUGUGCGUAGUGCUGCUGGUGGCGGCGGCGCGCGCGGCGCCCGACGCGCAGCGCGACAAGCGCGGCUUCCUGCACGCCGGCUACAGCUCGGGCCUGGAGCUGGGCCACGGCUCGCUGGAGCUGGGCCACGGCUCGCUGCUCGAGUCCUACUCCGCGCCCGCGCACAUCGUCUCCGUCAACAAGAUCGUCAACGUGCCCAAGGUGGUGGAAGUGAAGAAAAUCGUGUCCGUGCCCAAAGUGGUGUCCGUGCCUCAGAUCGUGAAGGUGUCCAAGAUCGUGGAGGCGCCGCACUACUCCUCCGGGUACUCCUCCGGGUACUCCUCCGGGUACUCCUCGGGCUGGUGGUGAGCGCCCGCGCUCCGGACUGGCUCCAGCUGUCCUCCGUCGUCGUUAGCUGCUGCGGCCUCGUUCGUUCAUACCGACAUGAACAAUCAUUUGGACGUUAGAUCUAAAACAGUUUCAAAACAAAAUAGAUGAAAUUCGUUUU